GCCACAGGCAUGGGCAUUGAACCCCCGCUUAGCACAAUCGCUGCUGGAAACGAUGCUGCUGCAGCAUUGAAGCUUGCUGCCAGCCGCGGCUCUCCCGCACUGGCGGCUGCCAUUCAGGCAGGACAAUUUCCAAAGACUUCGGUCUAUGAGUUCGGCCCAAACGAUGCGCUGCACGCAGCGCCGGCACCUCCCAAGCCUACGCGGAUGUCGUUGAUGGCGGAGAAGCCACCGAAGCCACAGCCGAGGGAGGUGCCUCCAUCAGUCGUGGCCGCUGCCGCUGCCAUCGGCCGUGCUGUGGCUACGUUGCCGGGGGCAGGCACGCCGGUGCAUGGGCAAGCAACAGUUCCUUUCGCGGCCCCUGCAGCAGCGGGCCGUGUGGCGACCAACGACAGCAUAUCAGGCUCCCAAGUUAGAAGACGCCCUGUCCCAGCUGGCGACCCUUCAUGCGCAGACGCCGGAAAUGGCAACAGCAUUUGGCUGGUGGCGCCGGGGGUUUCAGCGGAAUCUCGUGUUGCUGUGCGAUUGCCGCAAAACGAGUUCACGUACAUUGACCGGCCGUGGUUGCACUUUGUCACUCGUUGGGCAGCUAUUGACACGGAGAUCCUUCGAUCCAUCGGUGAGGCACCCUUUUCCUUGAUCGACCUGGGUAGCUGCUGUGGCUUCUUCAGCUUGCAGGCAGCCGUGGCCUAUCCUCAGGCAUCCGUCUUCGGCGUGGAGGGGUCGGUUGGUAUCGGAAACGGUACGACUGGCUUAGAUGGUACGCAGGACCAAAUCAUUGCGACGAAGGCUGUUCAAACGCACCUCCGAUGGAUCAAUCGACUGAAAUUGCCAAACUGCUUCCUGGCGCCGGACGUCUGGGAUUUCAAGAAGGUUUCCGGCCUCGCAGCCGCUGGCAACCUCUGUGAUGUUCUCCUGCUGCUCUCUGUUGUCCAUCACGUGGACAAUGUUUCGACCGACCAGUACGCCGAGCAGGGCUGGAGCCGAGUGGAGGCCAGGGCCAAGCCAUGCCAAGCCGCUCCGCUCGCGUUUCUGCCGCCGUUCUUCUGCCGCCGUUCUUUGCUCGAGCUUCGCCGGACACCGGCACCGCCCGGUAGCUGGGCCGGGUCAGGUCAUGUCAGGUCGUCGGGAUUCCUGUGGCCAGGCCGGGGAGAAGCUGCGUCCGAUCCGCUGCUUACGGCAUCUCCUGUUCCCAGGAGCCAAGGCCAGAAAGCGUCCCAGGGUGCGUCGCAGGGCCGGGCCCUGAGUCAAACGAAACUGCACCGGAGUUCUGCUUGA